AUGAUGUUGCUAAUGGGUGACUCUCUCCCUCGCUUUCUCUCACGGGAAGAACAAGAGGAAUUGGCUUGUAGUAAAAAGAAGGUGAAAGAUGUGAGUCAUGUGGGAGUUCAAGGUGGGCAAGAAGCCUUCUGUUUUGGUGAUAGUAUGGAUGAAGAAGUCAUCUCGGAUGAGGAGGUAAAAACUAUCCGUGAAGGGCUAGCUGCUAUUAGAUUCCCUCGAGAGCUCAAACGGCAGAUAAGAACUCCAUGGUCGAAAGCACUCAUUGUUAAGGUCUAUGGAAGGACGAAACCUGCAAGACGGUUGGAUUGCGUGGGUUUGGGAAAUGGGUUCUUUCUUACCCGUCUUUCCUUGAGAGAGGACUAUGAGAAUAUACUGAAAAGAGGUCCAUGGUUUAUAGGAGAGCAUUUCCUUUCCAUUAGACCUUGGGAGCCAGAUUUUAGGCUGGAAACGGCCAGUGUUACCUCUGUAGCGGUUUGGGUAAGGCUCAACGGGCUUCCUAUAGAGUACUACAACUCUGAAGCUCUCUAUUAUAUCGGGAAGACCAUUAGUAAUGUUCUAAGGGUUGAUACGCAGACUGCCACAGAAGCUAGAGGGCGGUUUGUGAGAAUGUGCGUCCAAAUAGAUAUGGAGAAACCAUUAAUUACGACAGUGCUAAUCGGAAAAUUUGAGCAACAGGUCUGUUAUGAAGGCAUUCAGAAGCUAUGCUUCUCUUGUGGAAGGAUCGGUCAUAGGAAAGAGGCUUGUCCAGACACCAUAUUGCCUAGCUCAGCUUCUAAGGAGGAGAGAACGGUGGCCGUUGGUGCCGUGAAUGGUCACUCAUGCAAAGAGCAUGUUUCUGUGCAAGCAGGAGACGUGGAGGGGCCCAGCAAUGACGUGCAUGAGGGUGUGCUUGACAAGGAGCAGGAAGAGAAUAGGACAUGGACGACUUCAGGGAAUGUGAAAUCCUCGGAUGGGCCUAUGAGAGAGGCUAAGAGAAAACAUACUCCCCCAAGAAUGUUAACUGAAGCCCAGGUAAUGGGUGCUAUCACAACAUUAGGAAAGGCCUUUGGUAAGCAGGGCCACUCCCAAAGCCAAAGCCCAAAAAUUGCUAAUGGACCAAAUGUUGCUAACAUUGGGCUAGGUUUAAGUGGUUCAACUAAGCCGAAAACUCCAAGCGGCUCUAGUAAAGGGAAAAUGGGGGUUGGACGACCUAAGGUCUCUAAAGGUUCUUCUUCUAACACUUCUCAGACGCCGUUUUCACAUGCUCAAGAGGCUUCUCGAGUUUUGUCAAGGCCAUGUGCUUAG